GUGAGACACAGGUGGACAACAUUGUGGUGUGGAAGAAGCUGAUUACAGGUGGGAAUCUCAGGAAGUGAAGUGGUUGGAAAACAAGACAGAAAAUUGGUGCACAAAACAAAACAGGAAGUGCAAAAGGAAAACAGAACAAGAUACACAACUGUUAAAACACUACUUGCAGAGUUGGACAUUACAAUAAAUGGCAUGUGGCAAACUUUAAACAGGACUUCCAUUGGCUCCCUUUAGGACAAUGACUUUGCUCAUGCCACUCUUCCAUUAAGGACAGAUUAAAUGAGUAUCGGACUAACAGUUGUCCUAUCAACUGAUUUUCCCUCCUGAGCUGUGUAUACCUGCAGUUCCACCAGCGUUACCAUGAGCCUCCCAAUUUCUCUCUAAUUGUUGUUAGCCAUUUUUGGUGGACAGCUAUGUCUUGGUAUAGGUUUGCAGUGUUAUCAUCUUUGGGUCUCAGAGUAAAGCGGCCUAGAUACAAAUGGAGGCAACACUUUUCGAACUUUUUAUUUGCAAAAACGUUGAAAACCUUGUAUCAUUCCACAUAAACUUAAAUUUUGUGUUGUUCUAUCACAUAAAACACACCGAAGAAUACACUGAAGCGUGUCUAUUUGUAUGCAGUUUUUCUAUUUAGCCAUAAGGUAAUCAACGUUCAUGCCUCUACAUUUUGUAUGACAUGUGCGUGCAUUCAGGCACGCAACAUUUCUCUGUGAUGGCUGCAGGAAGGUGACCCAAUCAGACUACCUUUAGGACCCAGUGUGUCUCCUUUGUAGUUUUUUGAGGCGAUGAGGGGAGACCGAGAUUGCUUCUUGUCUAUCGCGAUUCACAUCUCGGCUGAACGAGCUGAGCUGAGGAGGAUGCUGAGCAGCGCAAUUUAAUGCCAGGACCCGCUCCAGCACCUGCGUCUCCUUCCUUCUUCUGUUUGUAAUUGCUCUUCAUUCGUUCUCCGCUAUACGCUUUCUUAAUUAAUAGAAAGCCUAUUUAUUUGGUUCAAUCCUAGGAGAGUAUGAAAGGCACAAUACCAUCUGAGGAGUAUUCCUUUUGUUGGCUGGGACCAUGAAUUAUCAAUGCUCGCAGCUUUGUUCCUGUGACAAGCGUGCGUUUGGACAGUCUCCUGCAAACAGAGGAGAGUGGUGAAUUCUUAUUAACUUUCCUGCGCAUCUUUGACGUUUCCAGCUGGAUCAGGUACUUCUUGCACUUGAGAGGCUGUAGGUGUAGAAGCAGCGAUGUGGAGCAGGGAGAGCGCUUCUUCACUCAUCUGCCUGCUGGUGCUCACAGCUUUCUGGGAAAGCAGAUUGGUGAAUGCCGACCAAGGACCUUAUGACCCAAAGGAAAACAUCACCCUGUUCACACGCAUCCUGGACAGACUUCUGGAUGGAUAUGACAACCGUCUCCGGCCUGGUCUCGGAGACAGGGUAACCGAGGUGAAGACAAACAUCUUCGUCACCAGCUUUGGACCGGUAUCAGACACAGACAUGGAGUACACCAUAGAUGUUUUCUUCCGGCAAAGCUGGAGGGACGAGAGGUUGACGUUUCAUGGACCGAUGAACAUUUUGCCCUUGAACAACCUAAUGGCGAGUAAGAUAUGGACUCCAGAUACCUUCUUUCACAAUGGGAAAAAGUCUGUGGCGCAUAAUAUGACCAUGCCCAAUAAACUGUUACGGAUCAAAGAUGAUGGGACUCUGCUGUACACCAUGAGGUUAACAGUGCAUGCCGAGUGCCCAAUGCAUCUGGAGGAUUUCCCCAUGGACUUUCAUUCCUGUCCACUAAAAUUUGGCAGCUAUGCCUACACAAUCUCAGAGGUGACGUAUGCUUGGAUGCGAAAUGCUUCAGACUCGGUCGUGGUGGAAGAGGAGAGCUCUCGCCUGAACCAGUACGACCUGCUUGGUCAAACUGUUGGACAGGAAACUAUCAAAUCGAGCACAGGCGAAUACACAGUGAUGACAGCUCAUUUCCACCUAAAGAGGAAGAUUGGCUACUUUGUCAUUCAAACGUACCUCCCAUGCAUCAUGACAGUCAUCCUUUCUCAGGUGUCUUUCUGGCUAAACAGAGAAUCAGUGCCUGCUAGGACUGUGUUUGGAGUGACCACUGUUCUCACGAUGACUACUCUGAGUAUCAGUGCAAGGAACUCCCUGCCUAAGGUUGCCUAUGCUACUGCCAUGGACUGGUUCAUCGCUGUCUGCUAUGCCUUUGUGUUCUCUGCUCUGAUUGAGUUUGCCACCGUCAAUUACUUCACAAAGCGCGGCUGGGCCUGGGAUGGAAAGAGUGUUGUGAGUGAGAAGAAGAAAGAAAGAGCAUCUUUGGUGAAGAAGAAUAAUGCCUACGCUGUAGCAGUGGCCAACUAUGCGCCUAAUGUCGGCAAGGAUUCUGGCACUCUUCCGACCAUCGCCAAAGGUGGCACCGUGGAGCCCAGCAAGCCCAAAGCAGACGGCAAAGUCCCAGAAGCCAAGAAGACGUUUAACAGCGUCAGCAAGAUUGACAGGUUGUCACGGAUUAUGUUUCCAGUUCUCUUUGGCACGUUCAACCUUGUCUACUGGGCCACUUACCUAAACAGAGAACCGGUUAUAAAGGAUAUGGUCCCAUCUAAUUAGAACCCUGCUUUAGACGGGUUCUGGUCUGGGGAAGAGAUGAACCAAAUACCUCCAGCAACUGUGCACACAUACUUAUGCAGUCCUGGAUUGCAGUGUGAUCCUCUUUCUCCGCCCGUUUUCUACACCAUCUGCAGCACUUUUGAAAAGCCUGGCUUUUGUAUAUGUGUAUGUAUAUUUAUAUAUUUAAGGUUUCAUUGUGAUAAAUUGUGCAGUUACUUUGAAUCAAGUCCAUAUUUCCGUGAAAGUAUGUUUCCAGACACUUCACGUGGCUACUGUACAUACAAACCAAAUGGAGAAAGAAACCUGAACAUUAACACAUACAUUUUAUUUACUGUUAUAUUAAGUGUGUUCACAUAUGCUGGUAAAAUCCACCUUCUUAGUAACACAGUAUAUGUUUUUUUGACUAAAAGUAACCUUUUUGAUUUUUGGCCCUAUUAGAGUGACAUGAUUCAUUUAUUUAUUUUGUUAAUGUUAAUGCUGUUACUGUUUUAAACUUGUUUUAUUUUAUGAGGCAGCAGGUUGGGGCCUCAUCAAAAUCAAGGGCGCACUUAAUGAAAAUCAAGUAAAUUAAAAUGAAAUGAAAGUAUGAACAACACCAGGAUGCAGAAGAACAAUAUGACAUAAUUACAGACAUGAUUCUCUCAGCUGACUUUUUAACAUUAGCAUCAAGUUAUCAUUUAUCUGCAGCAAUGAUUAAGACAAUAGCUUUGUGUCAGUGUGCCAAUUCAUUUUGUGCAGAUGUAUUACCAUUACUUCCCUUCCUACUUCCACUUUGAACCCGUAAACAAACCAUUUCCUAUCCAUGUAUUUGCUGCUCAUUUCCAAUUUUCAACCUUGGUACUUUUGGUCGAUUCACGACUGACUUUUCUGAAAACAAAAUGAUGCCAUGUGCUGUGAGAUUAUUUGUACCAACCAUGCUAUAAUUCUUACCUGACAGGGGGACCGUUCAUUUUCGCUUUCACUACCUACAGUUCAAAGUAAUGUUCUAUGUUCUACUCAAAGUCAAUGGUAAGGAAAUAUGGUGAAUAAUGUCUAUCAGCAGGUCGCUCCAAGUUAUUUUGGUUUCAUCUGGACAUAUUCUACAAGUCUGAACUGCUCCAAACUAGGAUCAGUACAAAGAUAAAUGAGUACAUGUGUAUAACUAAAUGUUCUGCUAAUCAUACAGAAAUUAAAUUAUACAUGUGAUUUAGGAAUUCUAAUGACAAUGUAUCUCCAUAAUUUAUAAAAAUACUGCAAUGAAAGAUUAUGCCGUUGUUUAACCCUCCCAUUACUUCACCUUUACCACAGAUGAGAUUUAUUUUAUUUUUGGAAUUUAAAUUUCUUAUGGCACAUUGAAAAACACUCAAUACUUUAUAACUGCAGGAUGCUGAAAGUUGUCUUUGAAAAAGUUUCAGAAACACAAACUCAUUGUACCUUUUUUUUGCACCUUCUGCUGCCAUAAAAACAAAAGAAAUGUUGGUGGCCUAUUUAUGAUUCUGGUCAUGAGACGAUUAUUGCACAGCUAUGAAAUGGUUUCUUUACAGGUGGAAGUAGAAAGGUACUCGAAUCACAAAUCUCAUGUUUGUCACUGUUUUUCCACAAGAGUUUGUGUCACACCCUAUCUCCAUUGAUUGUGGUUGUCCUGAUUUGAUCCAGUCGAGUCUAAAAAUAAAUUUGACAAAUUGUGACACAUGAUCUAAUCAAAAUAACCCAAAGCAACCUCCUGCUGACAGAUAUUUACAGGAAUCUAAUAGCAGCAUUUCUUCUGGCAGGUACCAAUUAAUACAUGGUUGGUAUGAAACGUCCCACGGUAGAUGGCUCCACUUCGUACCUAAAAAUGUCAACUUGUGGACUGCUGUUUUAAAUUCAGACAGCAUUAUUUCUCUGCCGCCACGUUUUUUGUUUUAUUUUGUUGGUUUUUUUUUUAAUGAGUGCCGGUCAUUUUGCUUCUUUGCAAUUUUGUAUACUUGGAGCUUUCCUGGUUUCAUUCAAAACUUUUCUGAAAAUGUUCUUUUUUAUAAAUUUUUAGUAACUGUCUCUUCUCAUAGUCUGGCUCAAUUUAAAAAUUUCAGUAAGGAGGUUGCUUAGAGUUAUAUUGUUGUCAUCAGGGGCUGUCAAUUAUGUUUCAUUAGUCAGCUAGCAAAAACACAGAACCAACAAAAACCAAUGCAAUGAGGUUGUGUUUUCACAUCUUCAGAAAGAAAUAUACAGCUUAACUGACA